CGCUUCCACACAGAACCCGACCCUGCUGCGUUAUCGUGAAUGGUAGCUUUCAGCACCCUGGCUGGCAGCCGCCUGCGCUGGGGUCCUGGCACCUUCGCAGUGGGCCCUGUGGGCACUGGCAGGGCCAGGGGCCUAACAGCCUGGGAUGGCUUCACGAGCAGAGGGAAAUGGAGCAAGAAAGGAAGCAGAGGGCGGAUGCUGCAUGCCGAACCGUGGCUGGCAGAUUGGUUCCUCAGCCUGCGGAGACUUACCUGGAGCCUUCCACCUGGCGUUGGGGCAAGAGAGGGAAUUCCAUUCAGACUACUGGCAAUCUUGAAUUCUCACCACAAGCUAUUGAGUCCUGAAGAUAUCCGGUUAGCUUUUUUAUUUGCCGUUAGAGAGCUGUGUUUCAUUCAUCUUUAUACCCCCGGACCUAACACAAAGCCUGACACAGCAACUGCUGACAAGCCUACUCUCCCCAUCAACCAACAUCCGAGUGACUCGAUGCCACCCCAGAGGCAGCAGCAGCAUGUGGAUCAGAUACACAUCUACAUCCGAAUGCUCUGUGUCAGCCUGUGUGGCUUUGGUCUCCUAAUGCUGACCGGCACGUCCUCACUGAACUGGGUGCAGUUCCUGGUGAUCAAGAAUGGCCUUGAGCUCUACGCAGGACUCUGGAUCACAUGCAACCAUGAGCUGUGCUGGAGCCACACACCCAAGUCACCCUGUACCUGCCUAUUCCUCUGCCUCAUUUUGUUCCUGAUGCAAGUGAAAUUGUACAGUAAGAACAUCUUGGAGCCCCAUUUCCUGUUAGUCUACCACCUCAAUUGGUGGGGCAGUGUCUUCUACAUGAUAGCUGGGUUCCUCUCUGGACUCAAUCACAUAAGUUCUCGGGUUACCCCUCCUGAUCAAAAUCUCCUUGUGAUCCCUUUAACAAGAACAAGGAUAGGAAAUAUAGGCUCAGUACAACUGGGGCUAACUGAAACAAAUGAAGGUGUUUCUACAUGGAUGAAUCAGGAACCAAAAAGGCAGUCAGGUUCAGUGGUACAACCAAGGGUCCAUAUAACAGGGACUCAAGCAGAGGUAGGGACUCAGACAGAGCCAGUGACUCAGACGUCAGUAACCCAAAAAGUGCUACAAACUCAGACUGAACCAGAGGUCCAGGCUGAGUCAACGACCCAGAUGGAGCCAGAGAUAGGAAAUGAAUCAGUAAUAAGAGAUGGUUUAACAACUCCAAGGUUCAAUACUGAGAUAGAAUCAAUUGAUACAGUAGAGCUAAGGCUGGAGGUGGAGAUAAUUGGGAGUGUGACUGGUGAUAAGUUAAGCAAUAGCCUCGAGGUUAAUGAAAACAGAAUGACUGAAGUCAGGGAUUAUGAAGACAAAGAGUGAGCCGAGAAAAAUGGGGAUGACAAGACAAAAAAAUUAAUCUUAGAUAUAAGGUAGUCAGAGCAGAGAUAUUAGAAAAAAAAAAAAAAAAGCCUAGCAGAAAGGUUUCCCUUUGGGCCUAAAGAUGUUUUGUUGGGUCUG